GCGCCGCAGCCGCCGCCCGCGCCCGCGCCCCUCACCGCGCCCGGGCACACCUGCCGCGCGUCUCGUUCACUUGCCUUGGAGACGGAUCGGAGGACGAACGCUACUCAAUAUAUCAAACUUUAUUGUAUUUAAAGAACGAAUAUAAGUUUUUUCAAAAAGUAACAAAUAAAUCCGUCAUUGUCUCGGCUACAACCCUUCAUCGAGCUCAUAGUUUCCCAUUUGGUCCUUCGAGCCGGAUUAUUUUGAAGCGGACAGAAUCACGCGCACGACGCGUGGCACUAGAGAACAAAGGAACAAAGGAGCAAAGGUCGGCGCUCAGGGACAAGCGGAUAGAAGAAACCGAUUAAUAAUUUGUAAACAACUACGAGUUCAAGCAAACCAUUAUCUACGAAUUACUUCAACGGAUUUUUCAAGAUUUAGAACAAUUAGAAAAUUAUUAUCGAGCACGUGGACACGCUCACAAGUGGGCAUCAUACGUGGACAAUCCAGCGAUAUUACAAAGGGAAGUUUAAAUCUGUGCCAAUACACAGAACACCGCAGUAGAAACAAUAUUCUUGUGAGUUCGUUCCAUUUAUUUUCUAUAUAAUUCCCCUAUUCAUAUCAUUUGUUACCCAUUGUUGGGAUCCAUAUUGAGUGCAAGUACUCACAAUUCAUUCAUUAUUAUUUUUUCUAGAGAAAUCUAUAUAAAUAAUCAAAACAGUAUUUCUAUCUAGCCAGUGUCAGUUAAAAAUAAUCAAAUCCAUAAAUCCAGACAGUAAAAAACGUAAAACUUUAUUACGUAAAAUAUUUUAUUCACGUAUAUAAUUACGUUCUUUGUCUCUCAUCGUUAAGAGAGGGAUACUGAAUACCUACCUAUUGGUAAAAAACUCAUAAAAUUACUAAAGUUCCUUCAGAGGUCUAGAAUUUUAAUAAAAUUGCCUCAAACUGUACCUACCUAAGAUUGCUAUUUCAUAAUCAUCUUAAUUUGUGCAUCCCUGCAUUCCAGUUGAUCGCUUGCGAGAGGUGGUGCCGCGUGGUGUGCCGCUGACCUCGAACCCAGAGCCCGGGCUCGCCGCUCUGUGCCUACCGCUCGCUUGCCACGGCCACGUUUGCAGCGCAUGGUCGCUUGCGCGCUCUUUAUGAGGUUGAGUUGGAGGAACGAAAAAUCUUUGAAACAAGUUACUUCCAAGCUGUUGCGGUUGCAGAGGACAUGAUCGAGCGCUCCUCCGCGGCAAGGAACCCUGUCAGCUGCAACGACUCGGUGACUGGCUCUGUUCGUGCAGUACACCUAGAGCUUGUCACCGAGCUAAGUACCGACUGUUACCUGGCAGCAUUGAACAGGUUCAUUUGCCGCAGAGGCAAGCCAGUCACAUUAUUCUCUGACAAUGGGAGAAACUUCGUAGGCGCUUAUAACGAGCUUUCUAAAUUCCUUAAAAAUAAUAACAACGAAAUAUCAGCCUCUGUUGCCGCAAAACACGACAUAAGUUUUCGUUUCUCCCCAGCCUACAGUCCUCACUUCAAUGGAUUAGUGGAAGGUUCCGUUAAAUCAAUUAAAUUUCAUUUAAAGCGAGUGUUGGGCUUGGCGCACUUAACUUACGAAGAAAUGAACACAUUAUUAAUCCAGAUUGAGGCAAUAUUAAACUCUAGGCCUCUCACCCCCUUAUCUUCUGACCCUUCUGACCUAGUGGCUCUCACUCCUGCUCACUUUCUUAUUGGGCGAACUCUAACGAUUUUGUCAUCUCCUCAGGUAGUAGAAGAAGCACGGAUUAACAAUUUAACCAGAUAUACCAGAAUACAGUGUUUGAAGACACAUUUCUGGAAUAGAUACUACAAGGAAUUCAUUUCAGAACUUCAAAAACGCAACAAGUGGCGUAAACAGAGCGGAGAGCUACAACUUGGGCAACUGGUGCUUAUCAAGGAUGACCGGCUGCCUCCUACAAGAUGGAUGCUGGGACGUAUAACACGACUGUUCCCCGGCACCGACGGCAUCACUCGAGUAGCCGACGUCUACACCACCUCAGGAACGAUGAGACGAGCAUACAAUCGCCUGGUUCCUGUACCACUAUUGGAACAACAAGAUGUUCCAACGCCGGCAGCAUGUUAAAUCAGCUGUUCCAUUCAAUAUAACGGAGAACAACCUGCCGCCGCGCCGCAGCCGCCGCCCGCGCCCGCGCCCCUCACCGCGCCCGGGCACACCUGCCGCGCGUCUCGUUCACUUGCCUUGGAGACGGAUCGGAGGACGAACGCUACUCAAUAUAUCAAACUUUAUUGUAUUUAAAGAACGAAUAUAAGUUUUUUCAAAAAGUAACAAAUAAAUCCGUCAUUGUCUCGGCUACAACCCUUCAUCGAGCUCAUA